AUCAAGGCUAACCCUUUAUGAUGGGAACAGUAACGUUACGUUGUAUCUGGUCUGACUUUAGUAUGCAUAAAAGGCAAGCUCUUACCUGUUUCGCCUGCAAGGACACUGAAUGCGCCCUGACCUGUCAGUUUAACUUUUCACAAAAUUUAGCCAUCCUCUGCUCAACUUUGACGCCAUUUGUGUAACAUGGAGCCAGACAAGGACCUAAACCGCGACACGGAUGACCUUCCACUCCGAGCCAAUACUAACCACAUACUUGUCAGACAUUAUGUGCUGGACCUGACUGUUAAUUUUGACAGGAAGGUCAUCAGUGGUAGUGUUGUUCUGUUCCUGGAGCCUUGCUCUGGAUUAGGGACUAAGGCUGAGGAUGACAUUGGACCUGGAGCUAGGACUCUAGAGGCCGGAGGGAGUCGGGAUGUGUCCGUGUGUAGAUCUCGGGAUAUGGAUACAGUGGAGGAUGGUACAAAAGGACUUGGCGAGACUACGACAAGGAUGGAGAAGAUGUUUGGUGCUAGUGAAAGGGAUGGCGCUGAAUUUCAGGCUUUGUCUGCCGUGGGGUCGCAGACUGCAGCUGAAACCGAAAAUAUUCAGUCUUCACAUUCAUGGGAAACCACCAGUGACGGUGAUUUCACCUUAGUGCUGGACUGCUGUGACUUGGAUGUGUCAAAGGUGGAAGAGGUGGACGUCACCUCUGUGUCAUCCAUGGUUGCAUCUGAGAGGUCAGAUGUCAGUUCAGUGAACCCACAAGCAGCCUUUAUUCAGAACCUUAUCUCGGUGCCCUCUAGCCGAUGGAGGCAGAAGCACCAGCUGUUUUUGCUGUGUAGCCGUGCCCAUGGGGCUCAGGAUGGCAGCUCACUGCAUUUUCAGAGAGACCGAUGGAGUCUGCAGGUGAGGAAGAAGGGGGUCGCGACACCUCAGGAGUUCCCUCGUGCUCUCAGGAUCUGCUAUGAGACGAGGCCAACAGGAGGCUCUGUGAGGUGGACCAAAGACCAGGACAACAGGGUGUGUGUUUACACUGCCGGUUCUCCCAUCAACAACCGAGCUCUCUUCCCCUGCCAGGAGCCGCCUGUUGCCAUGUCAACAUGGCAUGCAACAGUACGGGCCCCCAGUGAGUGUGUGGUUUUGAUGAGUGGGGAGGAGCAGACUGUACCUACUGAGGACGGGGACACACCCUUCUUAAUCUGGAAUUACUACGUCACUAUGCCCAUGCCUGCCUCCACCUUCACCUUGGCAGUGGGCCACUGGCACCAAGUCACAGCAGAAAUUCCCCCAGCAUUGGAAAGAGGGGUGAGGGCCGGGGCGCAUUGUAGCAAGAUCGCCAAACUCGGGGCUGGGCCUGGGGAAUGGACCGAGGCUGACCUUAGGUCUGGACUUGUAAGCUCCAUUAGUGAAGUAGUAAAGGGCUCUUCACUCAAGACUGGCAGCGGAGACCAGACCACCCGCUCAGACUCUGCAUUCUGUUACUCUUCCCUUGAGGAUGAGGGGCUCUCUGUAACUGAUUAUUCAGGCAUGGUGGAUGAUGGCAUCUGUUGUUCCCAUGGCGACUACCCUUGCCGAUUUACUGAGCAGUUGGCUAGGUCCCAGCGGGUGAUUCCACACCGUGUGUUUGGCCCCGUCUGCUUGCUGCAGAAGGCCCAGGGAGUCCUCAAGCUGUUGCCUCAAUGUUUGGCUGCAGCCCACACCGUUCUGGGUGUUCACCCUUUUCCUCGCCUUGAUGUUCUCAUCGUGCCAGCAGGAUUCUCCAGUCUGGGCAUGGCCAGCCCCCAUAUCAUUUUCCUAUCUCAGAGUGUGUUGUAUGCUGGGAGUCUUGGUUCUGGAGAGAAUGGCCUGUCUCUGUGUGGGUCUAGGAUGUGCCAUGAAAUCGCCCACUCCUGGUUCGGCCUAGUUAUUGGAGCCAGAGACUGGACUGAGGAAUGGAUCAGCGAGGGCUUUGCCACGUACCUGGAGGACAUUAUCUGGGCCCAAGCACAACACCUCUCCUUACAAGAGACAGCAGAACAGUCUGACCUGAAGGCACUGCUGAGGUGGAGACGACUCUCUGAUGAGUUGCAGAACUCUGAGGAGGCCCUUCAAAUCCUCAGGCCUAACAUGGAGAACACUGGUCAGGCCAGUGAGUCUGGCUCCUCCACGGUUAAACAUGCCCUCAACCCUGACAAAACCUUCAUGCAAGUCCACUACCUCAAGGGUUACUUCCUCCUCAGGUUCUUGGCCAGUCAAGUGGGAGAGCAACAAUUCAUCGACUUCUUCAGAUUAUUUGUAAAGAAAUACCACGGGCAACUCAUUUUGUCUCAGGAUUUCCUGCGAAUGCUGCUGAUUACCUUUCCUAGCAUGGAGAGAAAAGGCCUCACCCUCAGUGCUAUUUAUGCUGACUGGCUUGAUAGACCGGGAAUUCCAAAGUGGCUGUAUGAAAGGAGCGCCGUGUGGUCACAGACGAGGCUGGUGGAAGAAGUCAAAGCAGAGGUUGUAAAAUGGAUUCUCCUCAGUCAGAGUCAUCAGGGAAAGGGCAGAAAGCGGAAGAGAAUAGAGCCCAAGGUGAACUACAAAGAGGUGAUGUCGGAUCAGCUAGUGAUGCUUUUGGAACUUUUGCUGGAGGAAGAGGAGCUGAGCACGGCAACAGUGCGUGCUCUGCAGAGAACUUACAACCUACAGAAUCAAGACGCUGAGGUCCAACAUCGCUGGUGUGAGCUGGUGGUCAAACAUGCGUACACUCGGGCUUACAGAGACGUGGAACACUUUCUGGUUCAUGACCAAGCCAUGGGUGUGUAUCUGUAUGGGGAGCUGAUGGUUCAGGAGGACCCUGAGCAGCAGGCUCUGGCCCGUCGUUGCCUCUCAUUGGUCACAGAACAAAUGGACCAAUCAGCACGCAGAGUGGUAGAGGAGAUGGUCCUUUGACAUUGGAGGUUGACUACAGAUGGAGAUGACAGGAGUUUGGAGUAUGAGGGUCCAGAGGGUUCACCUCCUCUUCUGUAAGAGAGGGGAUGCUGCACAAUCGCUCAGCAGGGUAAACACCAGAAGGCUGCGCUCUUACUUUACAACCAAGGCCAAUUGGCAAGGUUUAGAGUACAGCAGUUCUGUCCAUUCAAGGCUAAAGAAAUAACUGGUGUGUGUAAACCAAUAACAAUACAAGCUGUUCCUUGUGAGAUGAAAUGUUGUUGACUACAUUAUUGCAUGCUGUGGUCAAAGAAAAAUGACAUAAUGUCACCUGUUUUAAAAUGAUAGACACUGGGAAGAGGGAGAUAUUUCACUGAUAGAGAUGCUACACACUGUAAACCCAGAUUUAGUUGUAAUUAAACUUUUUAGUGGUCACUACUUAUUCUUUCAUGUUUUGUUAAAAAAACAUAGUCAUUACUAAAUCACAUUAGUUGUUUGUAUUAAUCAGCUAAAGUAUGCAGUGCACGGAUCACAUUAAGCAGAGAUAACUAAGGAUGUUAAGUAUCUCCAUGGGAGGGGCGGGUUCAUUUGAACUGUUCUUUUAGACACCAUGACUCCAG